GCUUUUCAGCUUAUGGCUUCUGGAGGUCGUCAUCCAUUUGCUUACAACAAAUGCAUGAAUAUUUUCAAUGAGGACUAGACACUAAGACCUUAUUCAUUCCUUGUCAAAUGUUUACAGCCGACUUAAUUUUUGGUUUACUCACUGACAGUGUUGAUUACUUCUAUGUUUGGAGAUGCUGAGCCUCCUGUAUCUUUGAUAUUUCUCCUUGUUUCAUCUCUACUAGUCCUCACAGUUGGUUUAGGCGAACAACAUCACAUUGUCUAGUCCAUCAAAGCUGUUGUGUUCUUAAAUAAUGGAGUGGGGAUUUUCGAUAUUGGAGAAGGCAAUGAUAUGCCAGCAAGAAAGUCAAUGGAUGAGAAAAUGACUGUCCCCUGUAUUACUUUUUGGACUGACUCUUUAUCUGUUCUAUGGUACACUAAUCUACUACCUUUCCAUGAGGAUAUACUAUCAGCUAUUCUAGUGUUCUCAACUUCUUUAAGAAUCUGUUACAUGGCCUUGAAUUCGCACUAAUUAAUUGUUAUACGGAAUUCCGUUGAGGAGUUGGAUCAACCAUUUAACAGUAAUCAUCAACUAAUGCUCUGGCUUGGAAAGCAGAAGCGAAUAUCUGUGUUGCAUCUUAGUUACGAAAUUGUUAUUACACUACUCCCUAAUGGAAUUUAGACAGAGAAGCAUGUUUCACUUUACGAGAGUGAUAGUUUUUCACUGUUGACAUUUCUGCACUUGAACCUUGAGGACAAGGUUCGUAUUCAGGAGGGUGGUAUUGUUAUGAACGGGCCAGGACCAGUAUGGGCAAACCAGCUCAACACCGAAUUAAGAGACUAUGUUUGGGAUCCGAGUUGAUAAAUAUGACUUGUGGAGCAAAUUAGACUUAUGCAGAUGGUUGAGAACCUAGUCCUCUCAUCCCUUUGCUUUGAGUUUAAGCUUCUCAUCUCCCUUCUAGUUAUAUUCUUCAAUAGUUUCCUUAUCCGAUACGUUUCCUGUAACAAUAAACAAAUGGAGAGAAAGGGUGAGAAACAAUUUAGAUGGUGCAAACCAACGGAAUAUUUGUGGUUGGAAAGAUUCAAGCAACAAAACUAGAACACAUCAUCAGUUAGAAGAACAUUGCUAGAUCCAAUGAAACAUAUCGUGAAGAUUUUGGCGUUAUUGCUUGCAGUAACUGCUGUUUGGAUAGGCUUGUUGCAGACAUCAACUAUUCCAGAGAGCUAUACCUGGCUGUUGCCUCUAUACCUCAUUGUGUCCCUUGGUUGCUAUGGUCUGUUAAUGGUUGGUGUUGGUCUAAUGAAUUUUCCCACGUGUCCUCAAGAGGCUCUUUUCUUACAGCAGGAUAUUGUUGAAGCCAGGGAAUUCUUGAAGAAAAAAGGGGUAGACGUUGGUUCUGAUUGAAUGUUGUUUAAGUCGUGAUCUCGGUUGUUCAACAUAUGGAGAAACACAUACAGCGAAGAUGAAAAACAGUUAGUAGUAUGCUUCAAGUAGGAACAUAACUGUCCUAAUCUUCUAAUGCCCCCAUCUACACCAUUCAACAACUGACCCUACUCGAAGAUGUUUUUACUUUUAUUUCUUAUGUAAUACUCUAAUAUAUUCUUUUCGAGUUUUGUUUUGAGGUAGAACAUGUACAUCAUGAUCAUGAUGGAGGUACCUUUUGACCCAUUAAGGCUUCAAGCUAGUAGUUGAAGUCAAGACCAAAGAGAACAAGAGCCAUUGAUUUUUCUCGACUCUUUUGGUUGUUUUACCAGUUUUUGAUCUUCUAUGUUUA